AGCCUUUGGCUUCGAGCCGUCAUUGAAGAGGGAUGCCAUGGAUAGCACAGCAAGAUGCACAGAUGCAUGAAAGCAGACCAGUUCCGCUUGUGGAUUGCCCCAGCUCUAUUCGGAAUGCCAGGUGAGUGGGUCACUUCUUCACAAGCAUAUGGAAACUUCCUGCCUGAAGUUAAUAGGGCGCCAAGCCGAGCGGCAGACGCGUAUCGUGCUCCUGAGCGCAUCUCGCCAGAGCCAGAGCGCCAGCGAGCUCGGCCGCAGGAGCGUCCGUGGCAGUUUCCACCUGCUGGACCGCGCUUUGCGGAGAUGGGAGGUCAUGGCCACGACCAGGUGCAACAUCAGCUGGUGCAGAUGCAUCUCCAGUUGCAGCAACAGCAGCUACAGCUGGAGCUUCUCCAGCGACAGAUGCAGCAGCAGCAGAUCCUUGCCCGUGUUCACCAGUCGCCCUGGGUUCCCAGAAGAUAUCGCGCGGAUGAGUUGUGGUGAAGGAGGAGACUGGUCUGAGGAUCAGAGGAUCCAAGGGCUGGAAGUGUUUGACAAGCUGCCCCAAGGGCAGUGCUUGGAUUCUACAGUGUGACCCAAAACUGGGUUGCAGACGUCGCUGGCUUCAGACCAAUUGAAGCUUGGUGCACGUUGGUUUGAUGACCAAGCUGGUCAUGUUAAGUCAGAGGCUCGUGAUGGGAACGAAGCCGUUCGAGCGAAGAAA